UCUUAUUUCUCUUUCAUUUUAGAGCUGUUUCACUUUCCCGCAGAAAAUAGGGUGUCGAAUCUGUCUAUAACCUCAGUUAUAUUUAUUACUAUUUUAAAGAUCGAACAUGUAUCUUUUAUGAUAAUUGUGGAUUAAAUCGUGUAAAAAUUGUUCAAAGUGAUGUUGUGUAAGAUCGCUUACGUUCUUGCGAUAGUUCUGUAGCGUUUUUAAAAAUUAAACAUGGCCUCGAACCGAGGAAUUCAGAUUGGAUCCGCGUGGUUUCAACGGAAACUAAAUCUCAGGCCGCAACAUCGAGGAGUGCAUUUAGUUACAGAAGAAAUCCUAAAACAAGUGCCCGAGUUGUCUCAGUUCGCCGUCGGCCUCUGCCACAUCCAAAUAAUGCACACAUCGGCUAGUCUUGCGCUAAACGAAAGUUGGGAUCCCGACGUCAGAGACGAUAUGGAGAUGAUGUUGAACAAGAUAGUGCCGGAGGGGCUUCCUUACCGACAUUCUUGCGAAGGGCCAGACGAUAUGCCUGCACAUGUGAAAGCGUGUUUUCUGGGAUCUUCACUCACCAUUCCAAUUACUGAUGGCAAAUUAAACCUUGGCACAUGGCAAGGAGUAUGGCUCUGUGAACACCGAAAUCAUGCUGGAAGCAGAAAGGUUGUGGUGACCUUGUCGGGGUGUCCGCGAGACUCCCCCCUGUCCCCAGUGUCGGCGGCCUCGUGCUCCAGUUAGGAGAGGGGGGGGGUCGCGACCCCCCACACUCAGUCCCACUCGCGCCCCUCCUCCAAGAGUACGCGGAGGUAAACCGCACCUUUUGAUAUCCUCACUGUAGAAGUACGUUCUAACUCUUAUCUUCAAACGACAAUAUGUACAUAAGAUAAAAUAUUUUGUAAAGCUCUGCAUGGCAGUUUUAACAGCCUUUGAUCGAUCGGUUAAUUGCAGUUUGUUAUACAAAUAUUUUUCAUUAUGUCAGUGUUUAUUUUCGAAAGUUCUUGAGUUGAAUGCUAAUUGUCAUUUCCGAAGCUAGCCGACCCGUAUAGGAAUUGAUCCUAAUAAACCUGCCUUACAUUCCUGUAAUAAAGUGCCAUGCAUAGAUAUCCUAUUGAUGUUAAAGUCGGUAAAAUAUAACUGGAGCGGUUAAAAGUUUUGUACAUAAAGUUAUGUGCAAUGAUUUUAAAAUAUACAUAAAUCGUUGUUUUGUUGUGAAAACAUGUGGUUUUGUAAAUAGGUCACGCAUGGAUGUUGAACGCUUUGUAGAUUCAGUUGUUGACAGUUGGACAACUUUAUUCAUCUUAUACUAACUAUUAAGGGUAACGGGGGUGUAUUCGUUUCUAUUGUUCAAAUAUUUUUCACUAUUGCACCUGUUCAAAUUUUUUAAAUACACGAAACUCACCAUCUUUUUAAAAACAUGUCACCGUGUUAGGAGGUUUUUUGAAGACACUAAUUUUACUACACCUCGGUAUAAUGAACUGGUACGAAUCAGUAACUAGGAGCUGUGUGUAGGGUUAGGGAUAAGUAAUUUGUACAUCUACAAUAGCUACCUUCUCUCUCCAUGUUAGGAUAGACCAUAUUUACGGUUAGAAUGUGAAAUAUGUCCAUAGCUUUAAAUGUGUCAUGUCCGUUGUAUCAACGGGUCCGUAAAGGAGCGACAAUGAGCUAACUACUAUACCUUAGGUAGUCGUAGUAUAUCAUUACUGAUAAGGUCAUGUAAGUGCCUCGGAUUUAUGGGGUGGACAUUAUUUAUUCUGGCUUUUUAUUACCAAAAUAUUUUGGAAUACGUCUUUGCUAUAAGAGACUUAUUUCAUUUGGAAACAACUGAGUAAUAUGGAACAGGAUUUAGAAUACACUAAAAAAAAUAUUUUUUUUUCAACGUUAAUCAGGGUUAGUUACUAGUGUAUAAUAACCAUACCUUAUCCAAGCCUUUAGAACAAUAUUGGCGUAUUUCAGAUACCGAUUUGGGCUAGUCUCGUUCUGCAUUAAUUGGACAUUAUAAGUCGUUUUUAUAUUUUGACAGUAUCUUUACUAUUCAACUCCUAACUAACUCCUAACAAUCCAGCAGGGAAAUUAUUUGUUAAUACAACACUGAUUUCAUAUAAAACAUUUUUCAAGUUACACACUUUACCUGCAAUUAAUGAGGAGUACAUUUUCAGUUGAUAAUUUAAUAAAAAUAUAUGUAUCCUAACUCCUAACAAUCCAGCAAGGAAAUUAUUUCUUAAUACAACACUAAUUUCAUUUAAAACAUUUUUCAAAUUAAACAAUGAGGAGUACAUUUUCAUUUGAUAAUAUAAUAAAAAAAUAUAUGUAUAGCUGUAUGUCUUCCUAUGUAAGAAACCAAUAUAAGAUCAGUAUCUAGAGGUAACUUGGGAUAGUUUAUAUGUGAAUGUACGUGUACCGCAUGAAGGUGAGAUCUUAGCCUUAUCCGGCCACAUGUAACUUAGAUUAAUGAAAUAGUAUAGGGGGCUUCUACUGUGAAUCCUUGGGCAUUAUAGCGCAAAUACGGUUUAGGGUUAAAUCUUUAGAGGGGCAUCUUUUUAUAUGAACAGAAUAUGUUAGUGCGACUUGUCUAAGUGGAAGGGUAACCCGACACAUGUACAAAAUGUUAUUAGUUAUUAUCGACCCAAAGGGAAAUCCUCUUAAAAGAGCUUAUUUAUUUUGCUUUUUAAUAAUGUACUGAAAUUAUAUAUUUGAAGUAAUAUUUUAUAUCGAUAUGUGAAUGCUUAAAUUCAAAAUCAUUUAGAAUAAUUGCACAGCUCGGCUUCUUUGCAUGCAUUCGACCAAAUAUAUUUCUGUGGAUAGGUUUUAUGGUGUAGGGCAGCUAUUUAGAUCAUCUUUCAUCGAUGUAUUGUCACAAUAUACAUGUAUCUCUAAAAAUUUUUAUACUAAAAUCUCUUGAUGUUCGUUUUGAUGCUUGUUAGUGCUGCGGUGAAUUUUUGUAGCUUUCUUUAGCUCCUAGCUCUAGUAUGCAGUUUUCACUUGGUCACUUUACAUUCUAAAAUAUUUUUUAAAGUCUUUGAAUUAAGUCUACUAAAAACCUAUUAUGUAUUUUCAUCGCAAGAAAAAAAAAUUAACUGCAUAGGGGAGAGUGGGUAUGAUGGGACACCUAAGACUCAGAGCAUAAUGGCAAAUGUCGACAAGAUAUUUUGUUGACGUGCGCGUGGUUAUGCUCUGAACCGACUUACUCAGAUUUAUUUUUAUUUGACCAGUGAAAACUAGUAUAUUAUGAUCCAUUGAAGACCAAAUUGUACAUUCCAAAACGCGAAAGAUUUAGUACGGAAUUACGCACAAAUUUUUUACAUUUCUUAACCUCACUAUAAACAAAUUGUUUAAGUAAAACCAAAAUGUAGAUUCCAAUUUUGAAACGGUUUAUUUCGAAUAAACCUCAUUUUGAGUUUCCCUCCUGUUUUCGAACUAGCUUUUUAAUUCGAAUAUAUAGAAUCGACAGUAGUGGCAAAUCGCACGUUUCGAGCGAGCGAAAAAAGAACGGCAUUAAAUGGGUCACUCUGCGGUGUUUCCCUUAUGAACUGCUUGUUUUCUAAUUGUUUUUAAUAAUGUAAAUAUUAUUUUGCAUUUAGUGUACAUAAUGUAUCGUAUAAGGGUUUGUAAGUGCUAUUCAUGUUAGAUAUGCCACUGCCACUCGAUAUUCGCCACUAUCUCGUUACCGCAUGUGUUAUUUUCCUCCACACGUCCGCUAUCGCUAAAGCCGAGUGGACUUGAGAUCUACGUAUCUCGCUAUUGAUAUAACACCAAUUAUGUAAGUGACAUUCCAACGUCGUGGUCCGCAGUGUGGAAGUGGCCUAAGUCAUAAAAUUUUGAAAUCAUGUUCGACAUGCUUGUAUACGUUUAGGCCCCUUUCGCACUGACUUUUAGUUAUUCGGGGACGUUUUUUUUGUUUUGUAGUCCCGUUUCAGGCUGUACGUCUACAACGAAUGUGUUUACCUUAGCUGUUUUAUUGCGAUUAGUGCUUGACCCUAUGUGCAAUCGUCAUUUUACUAUGUAUACGAUUAAUGAUUUAAUUUAAACACACACCAAUAAAAAGAUUGCAUCGAUAUUUAUUUUCUUCGUAUAAAAUAAUGAGUGUUUUCAUGAUUGUAUACUUAAUAUUAAAAUCACAAAUAGGCACGAUUAUUUAAUGGAGUAUAUCAUUGUUUCUCAAACUUUUGAUAAUAUUUUAUUUUAUUUAUGAGUCGGCUAUGAAAAUUCUCUGAUGCACUUUUCUUCCUAACCGUAUUUAAAUUAUACCGAAUGAAAUUGUUUUUAUAAGGAACAUACUGUGAUCCCAAUUCCGAAAGCUCGAGAAACAGUGGUAUAUUAAUAGAUAGUUAAUUUGUUAAUUGCACAUAGAAAAAUGAGAUUGUAAUCGUUUUAAUACUGAAAUGGACGACAAAUAAUUUGUGUGUAUAUUGUUUAAGAAUAAUUGUAUCAAAACUUAUUGUACAGAAAGUUAAUUCACUCUCGUGUCACGCGGCGUGACAGCGUGACGCGUGCCGUGACGCUAGUCAGCCCGUGACGCGCCGGGAGUGACAUUGAGGUUUUGUCACAAUAAAUUGUAUCAUACUACUUGUACAAUAUUAAUAUAGAUCCACAAUUAUAAAAGAGAUUAAAUAUUUGCAAAAGUUAA